AUGGUGAAAUACGUGCUUCACUACCUCAAGGCGAAUGGCCGCGGUGAGAGUAUUCGGCUGGCGUUCGUACUGGCUGGGGUCGACUUUGAAGAAGUGAACGUCGAAUUUUCCGAAUGGGAAAAGACCAGAGACAGAUUUCCAACCCGGUUCGUUCCGGUGCUAGAGGUUGAUGGAAAGAUGCUAAGUCAGAGUAAAGCCAUUCUACGAUAUUUGGCCCAGGAAUUCGGAUUGUACGGCAAGACGAACUUGGAGGCAGCAUUCAUAGAUCAGGCCAUCGACAUGGUGGAGGACAUCUGGGCAGCGGCUAAUCGCAUUUUCGACGGACUCGACGUAGUUCUGAAAGCCAAGGCUGAACUGUUCUUGAGAGAAAUAAUCCCGUCCAUUUACGCAUCCUUAGAGCGACUACUCGCCCUUGAAGUAGCUGGCGACUUUUUCGUUGGAAACUCGAUAACGGCCGCUGAUCUCUUCUUCUUCGGCGCGGUCGACUUCGUGAAUGUCUUGUCAAGGGGCGCCAACUCGUUGGAGAAAUUCCCCAAGCUGGACGCCCUCAGGAGACGGAUUGCCGCCAACCCCAGAAUCGCUGCGAGACUGGCCACGAGACCGCCUGAGGCUAGCUUUACGGAGAAAUAA